CAUUCACAGUGUAAGUUGUCAGACAGAUGUAAAGUUGUAAACAAACAGUAUGUGCCGCCUCGUGCCUUUUGUUAAGCGCGGUUAAAACUGGUGCUCUGUAGUGAAGCAUGCAGGGAACAACGCUCUGGGAAGGAAGCACUUGUCCGCUCUGCAAAACGAAAGGAAUUAAUUCGAAAUUGAAGUUUUUCCGCUUAAAUUUACGUGUCGCAGCUUUGUUAUGUAAACACAAAAAGUGUCCAUUUCCAGUGAGUACAGAGUAUCCUGACACAUUUGUCCGUGUUGGUCGAGAUGGCAAGAUUAUACCAGGUUCAGAGUCUGAGAGAGGUUGGCCACAGGAAGAGGAAGAUGAUUCUGAUGACUCACCACAUAUUUCUGAUACAUCAGAAGAGUCUGUUACAUUUCCAGAUAUUUUCCCAGACGUCAAGACUCUGCAAAAUGUUUCAUCAGAGAAUACAAAUGAUAAAGGAGCCUUGGAAGUUGAUGCCUUUGAUAUAAGCAAUAUUGAUUUUGAAACUGACGACAGUAUGGAACUACGAAAUGAGAUAAUUUCCCUAGAAAAGGAAAUUACAAAGUGUGUAGAAAAUAAGAAAGCUGUGCCACCCCAUGUUAACUAUAAAGGUUCUCCAGUGCUUAAUAACUACAGCGAAAAGUGUGAAAAUUCAGGCACAGUGGCAGCCAAAGCUUUUACAAGUUUGGAUGAUAACAUUUGUACUGAUACACACAGAGAAUCAGGUUCAGAGUCUGAGAGAGGUUGGCCACAGGAAGAGGAAGAUGAUUCUGAUGACUCACCACAUAUUUCUGAUACAUCAGAAGAGUCUGUUACAUUUCCAGAUAUUUUCCCAGACGUCAAGACUCUGCAAAAUGUUUCAUCAGAGAAUACAAAUGAUAAAGGAGCCUUGGAAGUUGAUGCCUUUGAUAUAAGCAAUAUUGAUUUUGAAACUGACGACAGUAUGGAACUACGAAAUGAGAUAAUUUCCCUAGAAAAGGAAAUUACAAAGUGUGUAGAAAAUAAGAAAGCUGUGCCACCCCAUGUUAACUAUAAAGGUUCUCCAGUGCUUAAUAACUACAGCGAAAAGUGUGAAAAUUCAGGCACAGUGGCAGCCAAAGCUUUUACAAGUUUGGAUGAUAACAUUUGUACUGAUACACACAGAGAAUCAGGUACAAAUUCCAUUAGCUGUGUGAAAAUGAACGAAAAUGUGAUUGAGGAGAGUAACAAUAGAAACUCUGGUAAUAUAAUAUUGCGUGAACAUGAUUCACCCACUAGCAUACCUAGAAGUCUUGAACUUACUGAAGUGAGUGAAGAAUUAGCCAGCUGUAUGCAGCAUUCAGAAGUCAACACCCUGAUUUCUAAUAUGCGUAUUUCGAGCCACAAACAUGCAGAUGUUCAGAGUAAGAGCAAGAGAAAUUGUAGAGGUGCAGGCCACAAUGAUGAUAGUGAUCAUGGUGAUGGUUUUGAAGAAGUGAAAAGCACCACUAACAGUAAUGACAACAAUGUGAAAAAUCUAGAGCAUGAACAAACAAUACUAUUAAUUCCUCAAGAUACAAAAAAUACCGUGGGAAGUGGUUUAUCUAGGGGGUGUGAAUUAAAUGCAGAAUUAGUCAUUAGUGAAUCAGUAAGCACAUUAAAAAAUAUUGAUUGUGACAAGGAGAUGUGUAAUGAUAAAGAAGUGGUCAUUAUAUUUGAUGAUGAUAAGAGUAGUGAGUGUAAUGACAAUGAUGCAGGAAAGCAGCUUGAUGCUGUAUCUAUGGCAGAUACGACAAAUCCAGAACCUGAACCGCUGGUGUUGUUAAAUCAUCAGAGUACGACAAAUACUGUAGGAAAUCAUUCACCAGGAAAGCUUGAAUUAUUUGCAGAAUUAAUCCCUGGUGUAUCAACAUUCAAUAAAAAAGAUAAUCAUUGUAUGAAAGAGAUGUGUGAGGAUAAAGAUGUGGUCAUUAUAUUAGAUGAUGAUAAGAAUAGUGUUAGUACAAAAAAUUCAGUAGUAAAUGAUUUACCAAGAAAGUGUGAAUUACAGGCAGAAUUAUUAAGUGCUGAAUUAGUACCCAUUCAGAAAGAUGAUGAUGGUCAUGAGGUGUAUAAAAUUGUGACAGUUGAUAGUGAUACAUCAUCUACAGGCUUCCUUGGGGAUUCAAGAAACUAUGAAGUUAUAGAUGUACAAUUAAGUUCCUGUGAAAACCUGGAAUCGACCCGAAACACUGACGGGAGGAAAACUACAAACAUGCAUCACAGUGCUCAAAAUACUAUUGAGCAACUUGAUAAGAAAAGCAGUAUAACUUGCGCAAAUUCAGGGAGUGUAACGCCAUCUGUAAAAAUAAAAAUUGUAGAAGAAGAUGGACUAUUUGUGUGCAAAACAACUGAUGCACAUUAUAGUGUUUCAGAAGUAGAGGAAACAAAGCAGGUUCAAAAUACGUCUGCAAGAAACAAUGCUCAUUCUAAAAACUGUGUUUGUUUUUUAUGUAAAGAAUCUGAUCAGAAGGGCAUCACAUCACAUCUUGACAGGGCGCUGGCAGAUAUUUUCCCAGAGGAAUGUCCUACUGAUAAACACUUGAAAGAGAGAGAACUUCGAACAGAAAGAGAAGUCAUGAAAGACUUUCUUCGUUACAUGACUGGAAAUAGUAGCAUGAAGGAUACCAAACAGAGUCUCAAAAAGAGAAAACGUAUCUUUCAUCUAUAAUUCCCAACACUGUGUGCAGGAAGACUUGUGUAUAAUUUCAGUAUGUGACUCCACUCUAAAGACAAGUACAAAAUAUGUGAGUGAAAUGUGAAUAACUUAUCUUUGUGCCACAUCGCUAAAUGCCUUAAAGUGCAAGAGAAAAGGGAAUGAAGGCAAAAACCUGGAAGAGAAGAGAAAGUGAUACACAGAGUUAUGCGAGAGAUAUGUUAGGGGCAAGUGUGUGGUCCAUACUGACAGAAAUGUGGUGUUUAUAAGAUUUACUGUAUACCGAACGACUGCCUCUGCCAGCAACAUUUUUGUAUUUCUUGCUUUUUCUCUCUUUUCAUUGCAAUGAAGGCUCCAGUUUUUGAAUUCUAGUCCUAGUGCAGAAUUGCUUUUAUAUUCACUUGUUAUUUAUUUUUAUUGUACUCAGAAGUGUUAUUCCUAUCAGCGUUUUGUUGUCUGGUAACUAGUUAUCUUCAUUUGUUUCAUUCCUUCUAAAAUUCAAUCCUGGCUUAUACUUUGAAUCUCCUUAUUAUUUAGACUGAAUUUGGUGGUACCUUUGUCACAGAAAUAAACUAGUAUCAGACACGUUUUUAUGGGACUCAGGUGGAGUCUAGAGAGUGAAGUUGACAGUACCAAAUUUUAUGGACCUAUGCCUUACUUUAAUUACCUAAAUUCGUUUCGAUACACUAAUCCCAUUUCAAAAACUAAUCUGUGUUACAUGAGUGACAUUGUGUAUGAAAACAUAACUCUAAAUGAUAACUUCUCUUCAGCACCCACAGUCAUCACUAAAAAAGUCAGAUU